AAUUAAUGUAUAUUUUGUGAUAAUAUUAUCAGUUCGUUAACAAUUGGUAAUAAAGAUUGAUUAAAAUUCACACUUAUCACAUUUGUUGAAUUUGAUGUGAAAUAUAUGCACAUACAGAAAACAUUUAUUUGAAGAUCGUUCAACAUUCUACUCUACCAUGAAAUUAGAGAUUCUUUUUAUUACAUUUACUUCGCUUGGUGUACUGUCCUUCGAUAAAAAUUCUAAAGAAGAAUUAAUCGAGCAAAGUAAAAAAAGAGAAACAUUUCGUCAGGAGUGCAAAAAGGAAUCUGGCCUUAAAGAAGUAAAAUUUCCAACUUCCGAAGUAGCUGACGAAAAGUUAACAGACUACUAUUUCUGUUACUCAAAAAAGAUCGGACUAUUAACUGAUGAUGACAAUUUCGAUAAAUAUCAACUGAAACAUUUGAGUGACAAAUUUAAUCCAGAGUUAUUACCUAAAGACAUCGGUGAGCGAUGCAGUACCAAUGAAAAAGUAACUAAGAAACAUAUUUUGCCGCUACUUAAAUGCAUAAAGGAUGCGUACUUAGAGUUUAGUAAAUAUGUGCUGAGGAAAUCAGUGCUCCAAUGAAGAACUUAAAAAUUUGGUUUAUUUUAAAUAAAGUUUAAGUGAGUUA